AUGAGAUUUGGAUAUUUGCAGGCCGAGCGUAUAAUCGAAAGUCUCCAACCGAUUGCACUAUUUGGUGAGCUUUCAGUUUCACGACAUUCGUGCUCGGCACGUGUCGUUCGGCCAGCUGAAAUUGUCACCAUCAACCAAAAUCAUUUCGUCGCAAUUUAUAAUGUUCGUGCUCCACUUUUUGUAGACUACGUUACGCUUUAA